UCACAUCAAGUGAAAAGUAUUGCCAAAUCAUUUGCAUAAGAAAUGUGUGGCCUGUGAAAUCAAAUUCAUUUUCAUUUUCCUCAUCUUGUUAUGCUCACGGACCUUCUUACGAGUUGAAUUCAACCCUUCCAUGCACCCUGUAACCCACUGGUGUCAAAGUCAUGGCUCGGGGGCCAGAUUUGGCCCGCCACCUCAUUUUAUCUGGCCCGCAAAUGCAAAUCAAGCAUGUCAAGUUCCAUGAUGCUUGCUCAAGUCUGAACCAAAAUUUCAAAUUGUCAUAUGUAAUCCGCAAUAACAGUCAUUAUUCUUGACUUCUGGUGUUAAAACUCGUUAUCUAUCAAUUUGUCGUGCGCUGUGUUUGUCAUAUGUGGAAGUGUGAUUCAACAUUUAUAUGGUUUCCCAAAAUUAAUAACGGCCCUCCAAGGGAAGCCAAAACCACAAUGUGGCCCGCGACAAAAAUGCGUUUGACACCCCUGCUGUAACCUGAUAACAUGCUAAGCUGUCCACUGUAUUAACCGCUGUCCCCUGAAAGGGUUAACAAUAUGUAUUACAUUGUUAUAUUAUUGUAAAUUUUAUUACAUUGCAGCUGCUAUUGUCUGCUGAAAAAUCUGACGUGUAAAUCUGUAUUAGUGAGUCCUUCUCCUUUGCCAAGGCAAUCCAUCCACCUCCCAGGUAUGGCAUAUGUUGGUCUACUCUUUCUCAAUGGUGUCUGGUGAGUAUGAGGUCCAUGCAAGAAGUGGGGUGCUUUCAGUGUCCCGGAAUUGUAAAUGCUUACAACACGGGUCACUUGAAGAGCUUCAAGAGGGUUUAUUGUCAGUUCUAUACUUGUGUGCUAGACAUACAAAGCACAGAGAAACUUUUUUUUUUUCUCUGAAGUGAACCACUGCAGGGGCAUGGGGUGUAUAAUCAGGAAAAAUAGCCAAAGCGAUGUCGAGUGCUGCUUUUUAGUCACAUCUAUUUUGAUGCAUAUGCCAAUCAAUGCCAUUUAUAUCUGCCUAAUAUCUCAAAGUCUAAAAUUGGCAGCUUGCAAAAAAAGUAAUGACUUAACUGUAUGCCCUUCAAACGUUAAGAAUGGAACAUUCGGAAUAGUCCCUCGGUAUUAUGAUGUUGUCUUGACGCAUACUUUGACAAUAAACCCAGUCGGGCCAGCAUCCCCCUGUCCCUGCCCCAAAACAUGACUAAUCAGGCCUAUGAUGAGGCAUUAUUUUAAAGCUCUUUUGACUUUGCUUUCUGAGAUUCCCAUCCGGUAUACAGUGAAAGAGGACAACUGCAACGCUUGUGUGUGUUGUGCUGGUUGCCAAGGCCGAAUCAUCUUCGACGGAGCCGUAAUUGUUUCAAAGCUUUUGUAUCGCUUGUAGAGGUCGCUAUCCUUUGACAUUCAUAUUUAUUUGUUUUUUUUGGAAUCCUUAAUCCCAGUUACUCCGUGCCUUGGGUUUACAACAAAAGCUCAGUGAUAUCCCCAUUAUACCACAUGCCAAAGUAAUCGCUCCCUUCUCGACCCGCCACAUGGCUUUGACCUAAAUAUAGGUGUCGGAGACCUUAUAAAAGACUUUAGCGCCGAUGUCGUUUGCAUUUUUCAGCUGAGACUUCUGCCGGUAAGUACAUUCGACUGUUUAAUUGUUUCGGGGGCACUGAGUGAUAGACUUCACGGUCAUGUUUCCAGCAGAUAGUUCUUGAAAAUCCCAUUGUUGACAGAAUAACAAUUGUGAUAUGUAUCUUUAGAGAAAAGCGCAAAUUUGAAAAUGGAUGCUGAAAUGGCUGUGUUUGGGGAGGCCGCCCAGUACCUGAGGCGACCCGAACGGGAGCGGAUCGAGGCCCAGAAUCGGCCUUUUGACGCCAAAACCUCAGUUUAUGUGGUGGAUUCGAAGGAGCUCUUUGUUAAAGGCACGAUACAGAACAAAGACAAAGGCAAAGUGACUGUCAAAACCGAUGCGGGAAAGGUUGUCACGGCGACGGACGACGAUGUUUUCCCCAUGAAUCCACCCAAAUUUGACAAAAUUGAGGACAUGGCCAUGAUGACCCACCUUAAUGAGGCUGCUGUGCUGUACAACCUCAAAGAGCGUUAUUCAGCAUGGAUGAUUUACACCUACUCCGGACUCUUCUGUGUCACCGUGAAUCCUUACAAGUGGCUCCCGGUGUACAAUCAAGAGGUCGUGGUGGCCUACAGGGGCAAAAAGCGCCAGGAGGCCCCACCACACAUCUUCUCCAUCUCUGACAAUGCCUAUCAGUUCAUGCUCACUGAUCGAGAAAACCAGUCAAUCCUUAUUACCGGAGAAUCCGGUGCAGGGAAAACGGUCAAUACCAAGCGUGUCAUUCAGUACUUUGCAACAAUUGCAGGGUCUGGGGACAAAAAGAAAGACUCUUGUGCAACUGGCAAGUUACAGGGAAAUCUGGAGGAUCAGAUCAUCUCGGCUAAUCCUCUGCUUGAGGCUUUUGGAAAUGCCAAGACUGUCAGAAAUGAUAAUUCCUCACGUUUUGGAAAAUUCAUCAGAAUUCACUUUGGUACAACAGGGAAACUGGCUUCAGCUGAUAUUGAAACAUAUUUGUUGGAAAAAUCCAGAGUGACGUUCCAGCUGUCUGCAGAGAGAAGCUACCAUAUUUUCUACCAGAUCAUGUCCAACAAGAAGCCCGAGCUAAUAGAGGCUCUGCUUAUUACCACCAACCCGUAUGACUACCCGUUUGUCAGCCAGGGGGAGAUCAGUGUAGCCAGCAUUGAUGACAGUGAUGAGCUGUUGGCUACACAUAGUGCCAUUGACACCCUUGGCUUCAGUGGAGAGGAGCGGAUGGGCAUUUACAAGCUCACAGGUGCUGUGAUGCAUUAUGGAAACAUGAAGUUCAAGCAGAAGCAGAGAGAGGAGCAGGCAGAGCCUGAUGGGACAGAGGUGGCUGACAAAGCAGCUUAUCUGAUGGGUCUGAACUCGGCUGACUUAUUGAAAGCACUGUGUUACCCCAGAGUGAAGGUUGGGAACGAGUAUGUGACCAAAGGACAGACCGUGCAACAGGUCUACAAUUCCAUUGGUGCUUUGGCCAAGUCAGUCUAUGAGAAGAUGUUUAUGUGGAUGGUCCUCCGCAUCAAUCAAAUGUUGGACACCAAGCAGCCGCGUCAGUUCUUCAUCGGGGUCUUGGAUAUUGCCGGCUUUGAGAUCUUUGACUACAACAGUCUGGAGCAGCUGUGUAUUAAUUUCACGAAUGAGAAACUGCAACAGUUUUUCAACCAUCACAUGUUUGUGCUGGAGCAAGAAGAGUAUAAGAAAGAAGGAAUCGAGUGGGAGUUCAUUGACUUUGGGAUGGAUCUGGCUGCUUGCAUAGAACUCAUUGAAAAGCCAAUGGGAAUCUUUUCUAUCCUUGAAGAGGAAUGCAUGUUCCCUAAGGCGUCAGACACCACCUUCAAAAACAAACUAUACGACCAACAUAUUGGAAAGUCAAACAACUUUCAAAAGCCCAAGCCUGUCAAAGGCAAAGCCGAGGCUCACUUCUCUCUGGUGCACUAUGCCGGCACAGUUGACUACAGCAUCACGGGCUGGUUAGACAAAAACAAAGACCCGCUCAAUGAAACUGUGGUCCAGCUCUUCCAGAAGGCGGGCCUAAAGCUACUGGCGUUUCUCUAUAGCAGUUAUUCCUCAUCAGAUGACAACUCUGCUGGAGGAAGUGUAAAGAAGGCUGCCAAAAAGAAGGGCUCAUCCUUCCAAACUGUUUCAGCUCUCUUUAGGGAGAACCUUGGGAAGCUCAUGACAAAUCUCAGGAGUACCCAUCCGCAUUUUGUAAGGUGUCUCAUUCCGAAUGAAACGAAAACUCCAGGAAUCAUGGAACACCAUCUGGUGAUACACCAGCUCCGAUGUAACGGUGUGCUGGAGGGAAUCAGGAUCUGCAGGAAGGGCUUCCCCAGUCGGAUUUUGUAUGGGGAUUUCAAGCAAAGGUACAAAGUACUGAAUGCCAGCGUUAUUCCUGAAGGUCAAUUCAUUGACAACAAGAAAGCUGCGGAGAAGCUCUUAGGAUCUAUAGAUGUGGAUCAUACACAGUAUAGAUUUGGGCAUACAAAGGUGUUCUUCAAAGCAGGACUUUUAGGUCUCUUAGAAGAGAUGAGGGAUGAACGACUGGCCUCCCUCAUCACCAUCACUCAAGCCUUGUGUCGUGGCUUUCUCAGGAGAAAGGAAAUCCAACAAAUGACCGAGAGGAGAGAAUCAGUUUACACUAUCCAGUACAACAUUCGCUCCUUCAUGAAUGUCAAACACUGGCCAUGGAUGAAGCUUUACUUCAAGAUCAAGCCGCUCCUGAGAAGCGCUGAGACAGAGAAGGAAAUGGCCAUGAUGAAGGAAGAAUUUGCAAAGUGCAAAGAGGAUUUAGCGAAAUCUGAGGCGAAGAGAAAGGAGCUGGAAGCCAAAAUGGUGUCUCUGGUUCAGGAGAAGAAUGACUUGUGCCUGCAGAUCCAAACUGAAGGCGAGAGCCUGGCAGAUGCAGAAGAAAGAUGUGAUGGACUCAUCAAGAACAAGAUUAUGUUGGAGGCCAAAACCAAAGAACUGAGCGAACGACUGGAGGAUGAGGAAGAGGUAAAUUCUGAACUCACCGCUAAGAAGAGGAAGCUGGAGGACGAAUGCUCUGAGCUGAAAAGAGACAUUGAUGACUUAGAGCUCACCUUGGCCAAAGUUGAAAAGGAAAAACAUGCCACUGAAAACAAGGUUAAAAAUUUGACAGAAGAGAUGUCUUCCCUGGACGAUACCAUUGCCAAGUUAUCCAAGGAGAAGUCAGCCUUGCAGCAGGCCCACCAGCAGACACUGGAAGACCUGCAAGCGGAGGAAGACAAAGUCAACUCUCUGAGCAAAGCUAAGAUGAAGCUGGAGCAACAAGUUGACGAUCUGGAAGGGUCUCUAGAACAAGAGAAAAAGAACCGCAUGGAGGUCGAAAGGGGAAAGAGGAAAAUUGAAGGAGAUCUUAAGCUAGCCCAAGAAGCCAUCAUGGAUUUGGAAAACGACAAACAAAUAGUAGAGGAGCACCUGAAAAAGAAAGAUUUUGAAUUAAGCCAACUCGCAUCCAAAAUUGAAGAUGAGCAGAGUAUAGCGGUGCAGUCUCAAAAGAGGUUCAAGGAGCUGCAGGCACGCAUUGAAGAGCUAGAAGAGGAAAUUGAAGCAGAGCAUGUGGCCCGUGCCAAGGUGGAGAGACAGCGAGGUGAACUCACACGGGAGCUUGAGGAAAUCAGCGAGAGGUUGGAGGAGGCCGGCGGGGCCACCGCAGCUCAGAUCGAGAUGAACAAGAAGCGCGAGGUGGAAUUUCAGAAACUGAGGCGGGACCUCGAGGAGUCUACGCUCCAUCACGAGGCUAUCGCCGCCGCCUUGAGGAAGAAACACGCCGACAGUGUUGCCGAACUGGGGGAGCACAUCGAUAACCUCCAACGGGUCAAACAAAAGCUGGAGAAGGAGAAGAGUGAAUACAAGAUGGAGGUCGAUGACAUGUCUUGCAACAUUGAGGUUGCGGUAAAGGCGAAGAGCCAUUACGAGAAGCUCUGUCACUCCAUGGAGGACCAAUUGAGUGAAUACAAGGCCAAACAUGACGAAGACUCUCGUUUGAUCACUGAAUUGAACACUCAAAGGGCAAGGCUCCAGAAUGAAAACGGUGAGUGUUCUCGUCUUCUGGAGGAGAAAGAAGCAAUCCUUUCUCAAAUGGCCAGGACGAAGCUUGCCUUCACUCAGCAAGUUGAGGAGCUCAAGAGACAAAUUGAAGAGGAGACAAAGGCUAAGAGCGCCCUGGCUCAUGCUCUCCAAUCCGCACGUCACGACUGCGAUCUGCUUAGGGAGCAGUUUGAAGAAGAACAGGAGAGCAAAUCCGAGUUCCAGAGGGCAAUGUCGAAAGCCAACACUGAGGUUGCACAAUGGAGAGCAAAAUAUGAGACUGACGCCAUCCAGCGCAAUGAUGAGCUGGAAGACGCAAAGAAAAAGCUCACUCAACGUUUGCAAGACACUGAAGAGGCGGUUGAGGCGGUGAAUGCUAAGUGUUCCUCAUUGGAAAAGACAAAGCAGAGGCUCCAAGGAGAAGUGGACGACCUCAUGGUUGAAGUGGAAAGGGCCAACGUGCAAGCAGCUCUCCUGGAUAAAAAGCAGAGAAGCUUUGAUAAGAUUUUGUCUGAGUCGAGACAGAAGUUUGAAGAAAGUCAAGCUGAGUUGGAAGGCUCACAACGGGAAUGCCGUACCCUCAGCACGGAGCUAUUCAAAAUCAAGAACUCCUAUGAAGAAGCGUUGGAUCACCUCGAUGUCCUCAAACGAGAGAAUACAAACCUACAGCAGGAGAUCUCUGACCUUUCUGACCAACUCGGUGAGAAUGGCAAAGUCAUGCAUGAGCUGGAGAAAACGAAGAAACAUACAGAAACUGAAAAAACUGAGAUCCAGACUGCUUUGGAGGAGGCUGAGGCUUCUCUGGAACAUGAAGAAUCCAAAAUUCUCCGUAUCCAACUCGAGCUCACCCAAGUCAAGGGGGAAGUGGAUCGCAGGCUGGCUGAGAAGGACGAAGAGAUCGAGCAGAUAAAACGCAACCACCUUCGCAUGGUGGACACUUUGCAGUCCACCCUGGAUGCCGAAGUACGCAGCAAGAAUGACGCUGUGCGAAUCAGGAAGAAGAUGGAGACUGACUUGAACGAGCUGGAGAUGCAGUUGAGCCACUCCAAUCGGCAGGCUUCUGAGGCCCAGAAGCAGCUGAGGAGCAUGCAAGUCCACCUCAAGGAGCAAACUCUUCUCCUGGAUAAUGCAUUGCGCAGCCAAGAGGACCUUAAGGAGCAGGUCGCCAUGUUGGAGCGCAGGAACAUCUUGAUGCAGGCCGAAGUGGAAGAGCUCAGGGCCGCGCUGGAACAAUCGGACAGAAGCCGUAAAUUAGCUGAACAGGAACUUGCUGAUGCCUGUGAGAGAGGCGGGCUGCUGCAUUCGCAGAACACGAGUCUCCUCAACCAGAAGAGGAAGCUGGAUGCGGAUCUUAACCAGCUGCAGAGUGAGCUGGAGGAUGCGAUCCAAGAGGCUCGUAACGCUGAUGAGAAAGCAAAGAAAGCCAUCACGGAUGCAGCCAUGAUGGCGGAAGAGCUCAAGAAAGAGCAGGACACAAGCAGCCACCUAGAGAGGAUGAAGAAGAACAUGGAGGCCUCGGUGAAGGACCUGCAGCACCGUCUCGAUGAAGCUGAGAGCCUUGCACUGAAAGGGGGCAAGAAGCAGCUGCAGAAACUGGAGGCUCGGGUGCGUGAACUGCAAAGUGAAAUGGAGAGUGAACAGAGAAGAGCAGCGGAGGCUACCAAGGGAGUUCGUAAAUACGAGAGGCGGAUCAGGGAGCUCACGUACCAGACGGAAGAGGACAAGAAGACUAUUGUGAGACUGCAGGACCUUGUUGAUAAACUGCAACUUAAAGUCAAAGUAUAUAAACGGCAGAGCGAGGAAGUGGAGGAGCAGGCCAAUGUUAAUCUUGCUAGAUUAAGGAAGGUCCAACAUGAUCUGGAAGAGGCCCAGGAGCGAGCAGAUAUUGCAGAGUCUCAAGUCAAUAAGAUGAGAAGCAAAAGCAGAGAGUUUGGAAGGAUUGCUGACGCUGAGUAGAACUCCAGAACAUCUCGACUCAGAGGACCGUCAAUGUCAACUCUGAGCUCAGUAAAAAUGGAUAUCUUAACUUCAACAAAUUGUUUUGCUGUGCAACUGUAGUGGAAUAAAUCAGCAUGAUGCAUUAA